CUAGCAAAUUCUUAAAAAACCCAAAAGAAAACUUUAGAUUAUAAAAGAGAUUAAUCUGUUAAUUCUUGAAAGUGGAAAUUGAUUCCUAAAAUAAAAAAGAAUAUAGAAAAUGAAGCCUCCCAAUAAGUUGAAAGUGCAAAAAAAUCCCCUUUCUUUCUCCAAAUUUUGAUUCCAUAAAAAUCAGAAUAAAAAAAAAAUGGCGGAGCCACCAUCUUCACCACCGCAAUCGGCAACAACAGCAGCCGCGACAACAAAGAUCACCAAUUUGGAUGAAGACUCUUUGGCUCAUUGCGCCACCUACCUUAGCCUUCAAGACCUCUCAAACCUCGCCAUGACUUCCAAAUUUCUCCAAAAAGUCGCUUAUUCCGACUCUAUAUGGCUCCACCGCUUCAGGGAGCGUUGGCCACUAGAAAUGCUAUCCAGCUCUUCGUCAGGAGUGAGGAAGGCCUAUUUGGAUUGCCGUACGGCGUUGCAUCAGCUUAAAUUUGCUGAUCCUUUUGUUCUAGACUUAUAUACGGAAGAAAGGCAUUUCGACCAUUUACUUCUCGAUAAGAAUGAUAUAAUCUUUUCUCAAGGUUAUAUCAUAAGAAUGAUGAAAAUCGACAGCUUUUUGAGCGGAGGCUCACUUAUCAGAAUGAGUGAUCAUAAUGCAAGAAUUACAUGCAUGAGAUUGUUUCCGCUUAAUGAAACUUCUUUACUUCGAAGUGAGAUGCAAAGAGAAGAAAAUGUUUUGGUAACCUCAAGUUGUGACCACUCAAUUCGAAUGUGGUGGAAGGGUGCUUGCCAACGGUGCUUUAGAGGUCAUAAUCGUGCAGUUUCUACCUUGUCAGACAAAUUAUUAGGUGAUAGUGGUGUCAAAGUAUUGGCAAGUGGUGGGGAAGAUGGUACUGUUCGCCUCUGGUCCCUUAGCUCUAGCGGAAAACGUGGCCAACAAGCUUUAAAGGCUACACUUUAUGGGCAUCAGAAACCUGUUACGUUAAUGUCAGUUGCAGGGCACAAACCUUCCCUUUUGGUGACCAUGUCAAAGGAUUCUAAGGUGAGAGUUUGGGAUACAACAACAUCAUCAGCCAUUCGUUCUUCAAGUUGUGUGGGAAUGACUUCUGUGCCAGGUGCACCUGUGGACAUGAAAUGCCAUGAAGCCUUACUCUAUGUUGCUGCCGGUUCUUCUGUUGUAGUAGUUGAUUUGAGGACAAUGCAAAAGGUUAACACUGCAGCAAUAUAUCAACCAAAAUUAUACUCCUUUGCAAUUAUGCCCUCAAAAUCUUUAGUCUGCACUGGUGGAUUUGGCAAAGCAAUGCUUUGGGAUAUCAGGAGAAACCAGGAGACGUCAAAACCAGAACCAGUUACUGAGUUGGGUGGCCAUAUGGGUUCAGUGACACUAUUGCACAUGGAUCCGUAUAAAAUAGUUACAGGAGGUCUGGGGGAUAACUUUGUUUAUGCUUGGGAGACUGACACUGGUAAGCAAACAAAUUCUCUGCUUUGUAAUCGUCCGGAGCUUGGAAAUACCAACAUCGGGUGUUCAGCCAUGGCCGUAAAUGCAUGUCAAAUUGUUACUGCCAGUUAUGGUGAAAAUCAGGGACUUGUCCGAUUUCGAGAUUUCUCUGGUGCCAAUAGUCCGAUUUUGGAGCACAAUGAUGAGGAUGAGGAUGUUUCAAAAUUUUGGAGUACACAAUCAUAUAGUGAUUCUGACAGAUCCGAUGAAUGAUUGACUUGCAUCUCUAGUCUCUAAACAUCAUCUUAUGCAUAUAAAUUCAGCUGUCAUCAAAUCAUAGCAAAUCAAGAUACAGAUAAAUUUGA